UAUACCCCAAUAUAACCGCUUCGGAACACACGACGCCAAACGCGCGCCAACGCGACACGCUCCACCUCCCGGAAAAAACCUAAAAAUCCGCGAAGAGUCGAGAGCGUUCACACCCACUCCUUCCCAUGAGAAACCCAUACCCCAAUUGCAUUUUGUAUUCUACAUAUCGUCCCUUCCUAAUCGCCUAUGUGUCCUUUCCAUAAUUUAUAACUUGCAUUAAUUAAUCCCCCCCAUCACGGCGAGGCAACUACGAUGCCGCGCACUUCCACUCGACAAGCCUCCCUUCCCCGAGGCCAAGUCGGCAUCCAAAGUUUCGCAAGAACGACCAAGCCCGGUCUCAGAUCAGCUACAGACGGCAAGAACGCCGUACCCAGCCUGCCACUCUCGCCUUCCAAGAAACGAAAACUAAAUGAACUCGAGAACGUAGACUGCAAUAGCCCCCGGACACAGGAAAAGGAGGAAACCACGACCGAAGCGCCUACGCCCUCCAAGUCCCUCCGGAUUAAAGAAUUGUCGCUCUCGACACCCCGAAGUGGCCAUUAUGCGUCUUCUACCCGUGAUUCAAGGACCUCGGUCGCUGAGGAAAGGUCGGCCAUCCCGACUUCGCCCUCGAAGCGGGCAAGGGGUAAGCAUGCAUCACAGCCUAGUACUACUGUUCUCGACGUGCGUCCGGCAUGUGUGAACGAUUUGGUUAAAUUGCAUUCGGCUUUUCUUAAAGCUAUCACGUUCCAUAUUGCGCAUCAUGGUACGGCGGCUCCGGUCGAUCUGAGGGAGUUUCUUCCCAGUGUUGAGCGGUUGUGGAAGAAGCGGAAAGUGGUACUAAAGGAUCUGCAGCGGAUGUUGUGGAUUUGGGAGCAGGGUUCUGAAGCUCCUGGACUCGGCUAUCGGAUUGCUAAUUAUGGGUUGGGGAAAGUUUGUCUGGAGCGUGUGCGGCGGGAGAAGUGGACGGUGGACGACAACGAAAUGCAAGAACGGUUUGAACAGGCGGUGGAUUUAUUAUGGGAGAAGGCUUUGGAUGCCGCUGAUGGUGAUGAAAGUCGGGUGGAUUUUAUUGCAACGCUGGGCGUUUCGUCCAUCCAUGAGUCACUGACGCCAUUUACGAGCUUUCGAAAAGGCCAGCAGAGAUUGCAGGAUUUGAAGGGCGGGGUGAUUAAGAUGAAAAUGGAGAAGCUUAAAGCAAUGCCAGCGGAAGAGUCCCCUGUGAAAACAUCGGAUGCAACGAAUGCUCGUCGCACGGGACUCCUGGAUCGGAUAAGAGACAAGGCUCUUCGUCAGUCUAAGCUACCGCCGCCUCCGUCGAAGGACAUGCUGCUUCGUCAAGCUGCCGUGCAACGGGUUGAGGAAGUUGUCGGCGUGCUGGCUUUGCUGAGGCCGGUUGGCUAUGUGGGUAGCGGACCGACAGCGACGACAGCUGCCCAGAGAAAGCCGUUCCGGCUGGAGAUGAUUGUACAAAACGUUCAGGAUUCAAUGAAGAAUCCGAUCUCAGGGAGAGAGGUGGAAAUUUGCUUGGAGGUACUGGCUCGGGCCGACGUUGCUGGACAAUGGGUCAACCUCGUCACCGUGAAUCAGAUUAAGUCGGUGGUUCUGAAGUCUUCGGCAGAUGUCAGCCCCAAGGAUAUUGGUGCGAAGGCGCGCGAAUUAGAGUUGGAUGUGGAUGAGCCUACUUCAACCUCGAAGCCUUAAUUGAGACCCUACUGUAUAAUGUGUGUUUUGGAUGUCUGGUGUUGUUGGGUUGGAUACACCAUCUGUGGAGUUUGAUACACUCAUGACCUUAUCAUUCUAUUGUUUAGCAUACCUCAUGUAGCAUUAGUUAGCGUUGCAUUUAUCAUAUACCUUACAUAACUAGAAAUAUACAUCAUUGAAACGAAACCUUAA